AUGUCGAAUUCGCAGAAUAAAGUUGCUUCUACUUCGAUACUGGAGGACUGUGCGACUAUGACACACGACAAACACGCCCAGCCCGUCGGCAACAACGACAAAGUGGAGUCGCUGGCAGAGUUGGGACAACGAAACGUCGCACCGUUCUUGGCCAAAUACAAUCCUCGCCAGAAUGGUCCAGUAAUGUCGGAAGACGGAACUCCGGUUCCUCGUCCAGCCAACGCUGGCUACUGUUACCGUCACCAACCAGACUCGAAAUGUAGGCGCCAGGCUGAUGAACAGUCAAAACGCCAGAUACAACAGGAAUUGGAUACCCUUCCACAAGAUGACCAGCAGGGCAUCGCCCAUGUGUGGUCCCUUUUUUCUGCCGCUCCAGCAAAACAGCGAAAAUUGAUGUUGCAGGGAGUUCUUGCCCAAUGCUGUUUCCCUCAACUCUCUUUCAUCUCCGCGAGCGUCCGUGAGCUGAUCCGAAUCGAUUUUCUUUCCGCCCUUCCCCCCGAGCUUUCGUUCAAAAUUUUACGCUAUCUCGAUACGGGCUCUCUCUGCCGUGCCGCACAGGUUUCUCACCGCUGGAAAAUGCUUGCAGAUGACGAUGUCGUUUGGCAUCGGAUGUGCGAACAACAUAUUCGUCGCAAGUGUAACAAGUGUGGCUGGGGCUUACCUCUCUUGGAUCGAAAGCGUCUACGGGAAGCUAAGCGUGAGAUUGAAUUGCGAGCAUCCAACUGGGGUAACGAAUCAUCGGUGGAACCCACUCAAGGGGCUCCUAAUGGAACAUGCUCUGUGGUCGAACUGCCUAACACUGGCAGCAAGCGCAAGGUCGACACCUAUACGGAUGAUCAAGACGAUGGCUGUGCCAUGAUCAAGCGCCACUGCGUCUCCUCAGCAUACCGCCCCGAACCUGAUGAUGAAUAUUAUAAGACUCGUUACAGACCAUGGAAGGAUGUCUACCGAGAUCGAUUCGUGGUAGGCUUGAAUUGGAAACACCGCCGCUGUUCAAUCAAGACCUUCCGAGGUCAUACCGACAGCGUUAUGUGUCUUCAGUUCGAGGAUAACAUUUUGAUGACUGGCUCUUAUGAUGCAACCAUCAAAAUCUGGGACAUGGAAACUGGAGAGGAGCUGCGUACUCUACGCGGUCAUAGUGCAGGAGUCCGCUGCCUUCAGUUUGAUGAUACCAAGUUAAUCACAGGCAGUUUGGAUCGCAGUAUACGUGUAUGGAAUUGGCGUACCGGGGAAUGUAUCUCCAGAUACAACGGUCAUUCUGAUGCCGUUAUCGCCUUGCACUUUGAUUCAACCCUUCUUGCCUCGGCCUCCGUUGACCACACAGUUAAGGUCUGGAAUUUCAAGGACAAGUCGACGUUUGUUCUUCAGCACCCUGCACCCGUGAACGCAGUAAAGAUCGACACUCCCUCUCGAACAGUGUUGACUGCUUGUGAUGAUGGUGCUGCUCGCCUGUGGGACUUGGACACGAAGGAGUGCCUGAGGAUCUUCAAAAACCAUAUCGGCCCUGUCCAACAGGUCAUCCCCUUGCCUCGUGAGAUCGAGCUCGGAGAGGAUCUUGCCGAUUGCGAAAACGAUCACUCCGGUGAAGGACCCGUGGAUAUUAUAUCCCCACUUCUUAAGCAUGCAAACCUGGCAUCGCCAACUUCAGCCUUCGGUUCGACAUUCGAGCAGGAUAAGGACCGCCGUGAACCUCCGCAGUAUGUUAUCACGAGUGGUAUUGACGCAACUAUCCGACUAUGGGAAACCGGUAGUGGGAGAUGUCUGCGCACCUUCUUUGGACACUUGGAAGGCAUUUGGGCUCUCUCCGGCGAUACUCUCCGUAUUGCCUCUGGUGGAAGCGACCGCAUGGUCAAAAUAUGGGACCCUCGUCUUCCAUCAUGUCAGGAAACUUACGAAGGACAUUCCGCAGCAGUCAAUUGCAUUGGACUGAGUGAUAGCCGAUUCAUUACUGGCAGUGACGAUUACCAUGUCCGCAUGUACGACUUCCGAGCGUGA